CAAUCUCUCCGGUUUGACGGCGCUCGGAGGAGAACCCAGCCGGUGGUUGAGGGCAAUGACAUGAAGCGGCUCUGACAAGUGACUGACUCCAUGACUCUGACACACGGUUCAGACUCAGGUGGUAGUAUGGUGCCCUCCCGUCGAGUCUAACUGCAGCAGCGGGGUUUUUAUUCAGGGAGCUCGGCCCCGAGUCGAACCGCUCACAUCUGAAGAACCGUCAAAUCACUGCGACGAUGAGCGAGUCCUCCACAACCUCAGGGAGCAGAAUGAAGGCACGUGCCCCAAUUCCGCCGCAGGCCCCUCAGCCCGCCCCACGCCGUAUCUUCAGAAACGCUGAUGGAGGAGGAAUGGAGGCCAAGGAGAAUGUGCUAAUGCCCGAAGUGGAUUUCAAGCUAACUCUGCCACAUGGAUACCAGACUUCUGUAACAGAGGAUGGCAGUAAGGCGCUGAUGGACCUACUGGUCGAACUCUGUAGCCGACACCACCUGAACCCGGCACUGCACACCCUAGAGCUGCUGUCGCCCGAGGGUCACCCUCUGGGGUUCAAGCCCAACUCUUUGCUGGGCUCCCUCAAUGUGGCCUCUGUCCUCAUCAAGGAAAAAGUCUUGGAGGAGAAAGUGGCGCGCAGACCAGCGCCUAAAGUGCCAGAGAAAACAGUGCGUUUGAUGGUGAACUACCACGGCAGCCAGAAGGCAGUGGUACGGGUCAACCCGUUGGUACCACUCCAGGCUCUGACACCAGUCAUCUGUGACAAGUGUGAGUUUGACCCUGCUCAUGUCCUACUCCUGAGGGAUGGCAUCAGUCGACGCGAGUUACCGCUGGAUAAAUCUCUGACAGAGCUGGGGAUAAAGGAGCUCUACGUACACGAUCAAACUCUCGUUCUCCUGCAUAAAAUGGCUUCUGCUCCUGUUCUAAACAACUCAGACUCCAUUCGCUCCAGUACCACAAGUCUGGGCAAAGCAGAGAAGAAAGGCCUCCUGGGUAUCUUCCAGUUCAGCAGGAGGAAAUCCAAGACGGGGGAAACAUCUGUGGACAUGGAUGACUGUGAUGUUAAAGUAAUUCAAAAUACUGACACACAACCCAAUCGUGUGUCCGCAGUGUCCAGAGUCUCCAGUGUCGAAGAUCGUCCCAUCACCAUGGCCCAGUCUCAGUCGGUCACGAAUAUGUCAAGGAUGGCUGACAUCAAGAAGAGACGGGCCCCAGCACGACCAGAGGCCCCAACACCUAUCAUGGGACAUGCUGGCUUUGAGGGCUAUCAGAUGGGACUUGGCUCAGAAAGCCAGCAGAGGAAAAGAAAGGCUCCUGCCCCUCCUCCCACCCCAGCUUCGAUCACGCCCGGCUCUGAUGACACUUCAGCCUCUGCUGCUCCCACUCCUGACAUUUACGCCACCAUAAUACCUGCAGCCCUCCGCACCAAGGUGGCAGAGUCAGCUCCAGUCGCUUCUACCACUGUGAUAGUGCACACAAUAAAACCAGUCCCCUUGAAAAAUGUAGCACAACCGGCCAUCCCAACCGCCAGCUCCCCAACCCCAAGUAGCAGCACCACCGACAGCCUGGCCACCCAGGAUUCCAGCUCCGAAAUCAGCCACAGUCUCGAUGACUCAGAUGCUGACCUAGACCAGGCUGGUUCCUACUAUAGCACACUCACCAGCAGCACAGCGAGCGGGUCUGUGCGGAUGCAGCCCGCAACGAAAAGCUCCAGCAGCAGGAUGGAGGAAUCAGAGAUGUCGAGCAACAUGGCUGCCAAAUCCAAUCAAGAGGAGGCCUCAGCCAGCAGGUCCAGCUUGGAGACCGAGUCGGCUGUCAACCUGAAACUGGAUGAAGUCGAGAGCAACAGACACAGUGCAAUGGCCUGGCUCCACUCCAUGGGACGCUCUGCAGCCAGUGGCCAGAGAGCAGAGAUUGAAACGCCUGAGGAGGAAACCGUGUCGCUGGGCAGCAGCAGCAGCGGUGGCAGCAGCCUGCCUGACCAGGGUUACGCCGCCUCAGAGGGCAUGGCAGAGGGCGAGGACUCGGGCCUGGUCAGCUCUCCGUCCGACACCCAACCCACAUCCCCAGAUGGCGGUUUGUCUCUGGGUGGAAGUAGCAGAGCAGGCGGAGGAGAGAGACUGCUGGGACCAGCACGGGACAACUCCAGUGACAGUGACGAGGGCUGUGCCACCUGGGGAUCAAGACACAGACACACCAACAUCAGCCGCCAGGCUAAGUCAAGCAAAUUAAAAGACGGCUAUGACGAGGACCCACAGCUCACAGCCCAGCUCCAUCGGACUUUGGCAGACUUUGAAACAAACAUUGCCGAACACAUAGAUAUUGGAGUGAAGGACACUCCCUAUACCAUGUCUAUGGACAGUAAUGAUGUGCCAGUGUCUGUAGUGGACAUGGAUGUGCCAGUCACAGCCAUAGAUGAAGUCCUGGAGGAAUAUGAACGUGACGCUGCAAAAAAUGAGGCAAAGUCACUCGCCAGGACUGCGACAUCUAGCAGCAAAGGUCUAGGUUUUUGUCAACAAUCCAGUACAAAGCCACAGAACAAAAACAACAAUGCUUGUACAGCUGCUGAAAGUAAUAAAAGCAGCAGUGCAAACACUAAGCAGACAUCGCAACCCAAGCAGCACAGGAAGGCAGCUGAGAGCAAGCCUCUAGGUGAUAAACACAACGAAAAGAUAAUAGAGACUAAAAUUAAAGACGCAAGGAUCGCCAAUGCCAACAGUGUGAAGGAGGAUAAACAAAGAACGACGUCAGCAGUCAAAUCUGAUGUCGACGUGCAGAAACACAGCCAGAGCACAGAGAUCAAACCUGAUCCUGUCAAAAGCAGCCCCGAGUCUUUUCAAGAGAAGAAACCUGUCCAACCACCACCCAUUCAGAGAUCAGUGUCGACAGAAAGAGUCGAACAGAUGCACAGAGUUUUUCCAAAUAACUCCAGCUCUGGGAAUGCACAGGGUAAAAUCACUCGCAACGUCACAUCACGCUUCGGCAUGAAAACGUUCACUGUGGUUCCUCCAAAACCUUCAGUCAUGCAUGCCGCUACAGGAAGUUCAGCAGGCACAUCAAUCGCAGGCGCCAUUAAGAUUGACGAUCAAGGAAACAUGGUGAAAACGGGUAUUUCCCAGAGCAAGGCUGGUGGUUCGUCUGAGUCUGGGAUCAAUUCCUCAAUUCCCGAGUCUCCUCUUCUUGGAAAAGCCAAAGCUUUUUGGAGCUCAAAUGAGAGACAAGAGAGUCCUGCGUCCCACAGCAAAGGUCAGAUUAAUAAAGCUAAGGAGAACACUCCCUUGUCGAUUCCAGACACCACGUGGAAGACCAGUAACACUGAGCAGCUGCAAAGAACAAAAAGUAUUCCAUAUAAACCUGCAGUGAAAGCCCAGCCUAAAGAGAUGGUCAAAGAAGAAGCUAAAGAACCAGUGAGAGACAUCCACGUUGCUAAGGAGAUAGAGAUGGAGCGCAAGAUUUCAGUGCCCAAAAACAUUCAGCAGCCAAGUAAUAAACCUGCCCUUCCUGCGCCACUCCUUCCAGACACGAGAAGAGACCUUUGCUUUCUCAAGUCAUCCAGGCGAACUUCAAGUCAUUAUGUGGCAUCUGCCAUCAAUAAAUACACCCCAAAGACCUCAGCUAAACCUAACUCCAUUCCUAACAUCCCUGAAUCCUCUGUCUCUGUGAAAGCACAGGCUGACGGCUUCCAGAGAUUCGGUCGCUCCAUACAAGUGAAUCCACACCAGUCCUCCCAGUCUUCUUUGUCCGAGAAUAAGGAGAACGACUCUGCUUCUAAACCUAACCCUUCUGGUCCCAUGAGGUCUAUGAGCUUCCCCGAGUAUGUGUCAGGGAGCCAGAGAGAUUUUGAAGAAGUGAGGCCGGACAGGGGAGGGUUUGGAAGUUGCGUUGGACCCACCAGAGGAAGCUCUAACACGCUGGAAAGACAAACGGCCAAGAAUCAGCACAUUCAGUCUAGUGGCCCAACCCAGAUAAAUGUGACCACCAACAAUGACAGAGACAAUAUUAAACGCAUUCAGCCAAGAAGCCCAAACCUUGCAGAAAGCAAUCCUCCUCACUCAUCUGCCAAACUAGCCACAGCCGCCAAGACCAGUAUCCCAAGUAGCACUAAAGACAUGACCAAGGCGCCCCCCCAUCCAACGCCUGAUACAAGACCACAACCUUCAGUCACAGUGUCAGGCAGCGUCGACACAUCACAGCCGGUAACGCUGUUUGGACCAGUUAAAAAGUUCAGACCAGUGAUCAGCAAAUCUCUGGAGCGGGAGACGUCUCUGCACGGCAGUCUAAUGGAGGCAAUCCAGACAGGGGGAGGCAGGGACCGGCUCAAGAAGUUAUCCAACCCUGCAUCCAGCUGUACGAAGAAGGGAUCCUUUGUGGAGGAGGAGAAUGAGAGGUCUGCUCUUCUGGCCGCCAUAAUAGCCAAAAGCCAUUCCGGCAGGCUGAGGAAGACAAAAUCUGAGGCUGCAGAUGAGCUCACCAACGUCAGGAAGCUGGUCUCUGAGGAGGAGAGAAGAGCGGCCCCUCACUCCUCUCCCUCUUUGACUCCCUCUUCACCUCCUGUCUUCUCCUUGACACCACCGCCACCUGCGCCUAUGUCUGCACCCCCACCUCCUCCGCCUGUCUUGCCCCAGGGUAGGCUGAGCGCUGUGGCACAUCCAAGCGGUAACACCCCCAUGAACCCUGCCGUGACCAGGGAGGCAAUGAUGGAGGCCAUUCGCUCUGGAUCUGCUGUAGAGAGGCUAAAAAAGGUCGCUGUGCCCACAAAAACCAUCCAAGUGAAUGGGAGACUGGGAACCAUCCAACAAACCUCCGCAGCCCUCCCUCAGCAAUGAGAGGGGAAAUCCACGCCACCGCAACGAGGAAGCAUUUAUCAAAUUUCAUUUUGGGGUUUGCUUUUUUUCUGUUUGGCCUUUUCAACAGACAUUUGGAGACUGGAUUGAGUCAUAUUUUGAGUGAAUGUUAUUAUUAUUAUUAUGAUUUGAACCUUACAUCUCUGACCACCAGUCUUGGGCCUUAUGCCUUUUAAAGGAACUUUGAAGCAGGAAGAGUUAUUAUCACUUAUUUUAUCCACUUCCCAUUUUCUCCUGUAAGGGGAUUAUUACUCUGUUAGUCGCCAAACACCUGCAACAUCUGUCUGAUAAAGGUGUGGUAUAGGUGAGAGGUUGGCAGUUAAGUCCAUCCAUAAUGUUAGUUAUGCUGGAGGAUGUUUGUGUUCCUCCACAUAUCUCGCCAUCUGUACUUGAAUUCAGUAGUUUGAACUGGAACGUUGUACAAAACGUGUGCCAAUGAAAGCAAGUUUAAGUGGUUUAUACUAUUUUCAGAUAUUUUUAUUUUAUUUGCUUUUACCACAGUAAGUUGUGGAUGCCUUAUUCUGUUGCUCAGUGUUAUGUAUAUUAUGUUUGCUGUAAAAAAAAAAGAUCCUUGAAGGGGUACAAUAGGUUGGAUCUGAUGAUGUUUCCACACUUGUACUACUUAAUAUUUGUUCAAACAAAUAAGACUAAUGAAAUCUUAAGGGCACUUGUGAAAAUAAUGUAUCGAUCCAUAUAUUAUAUGUAUAUUAUUUUACUCAGAUUUGGUCUCAGAUGCCAACUUUUACAGUUCUAGGCUCCGAGGAGUACGAUGAGGACGGACUUGUGUUCAUUAUGCUCCUGUUUCAGCUUCUAACUGUCACUUGCUGCUGUUUAUGAUCUAAAGACAUUGUGUAACAUGGUCUGUACCCUGCAGAAACAUAUAUUUGUAUUGGUGCGAUAUGAUUGACCAUGCCUUCUUCAUUUUUGAUAUAUUACCUUCUAAGAUGAGGCUUUCAUUACUUUUGAAACACUGUUAUUGAAGUUUAUCAUUGAUGGAUGCCACAAUAAGCAAAGAGAUUCAUUAAUUAACAAGUCACCACUAAUGUGUAAUGGCUAUAUAAUGCAAAAAAAAAGAAGUUGCAGAUAAGCAGAUGUUAUCUAUGGCCUUGCUUUAGGCAAACUUAGCUGUGUUUCAUAGAGUGCACCGUUACCAUUAAAUGGUACAGCUGUGGAUAAAGUAUGAUUAUCGUUAGAAUGUAGAAAAACCUUGAGCGUCUAUGUUCAGGCAUAAAUGCUUGUUGCUGCUCAGCAAAGGAAGCUGAUAUUAUAUGUAGAGAUUUAUUUUAAUUUAUGCUCAGUUUCCACUUUAAGAAAAAUAUUUCUUUACUGUUUAAUUUUUUAUUUGAGAGUGAAAACCACGAGAGCUUUUUGAUUCUUUUUUCCUUCUCUUACUAGAGAGAGUUGUUUAAUUUCCGCUAGAUGGUUUCAUCUACACACAAUAUCCUACAGCACAUUGUAGCAUUGUAUAUUUGUAAACUAUAAAGACGGAUGAUCGUUGUGAUAGACUUGAUUUAAAUCUUCGGUAGAGAGCCACGAUAGCACAAACAUUUUUAUAAGCUAUUGCUUUUUGAGUUUUAAUUGCACAUUUGUUUAUUUGUUGUUGUUUAUUCUCAGAAGGCUGCACAGUUACUUUUGUCUACCCUAAUUUUUGAUUCAAUAAAUAAUUUUGUAAUCAAGACAA